CUGUCGUUCGAUCCACUCGGUGCGCGUAUGAGCGCCGUCCAAGCAGCGUGAAGUCGUCCUCCUCCUGAGCGAGCUUGGCGUGUUGUCUCCCCGUAGAGGACCGACAGAGAGAGACGCGGAUAUGGAGGAUGCCUGCCAUUACACCCGCAGCCCUGCCUGGGAGGAGCUGGAGCCGGAUAAAGGGCCCGCGUCUGCGGUAAGGAUCCAUCCCCAUGAGGUGGGCGCUGUCUCGGUGUCCGUUGCUGCGGACGAAUCGUCUGACAGCGAGGUGGAGCAGGAGGGUCCGCAGAAACUCAUCCGGAAAGUGUCCACCUCAGGACAGAUCAGAAGCAAGACGAGCAUAAAGGAAGGAUUGUUGCUGAAACAGACCAGCUCCUUCCAGCGGUGGAAGAAGCGUUACUUCAAGCUGAGAGGCCGAACACUCUACUAUGCCAAAGAUGCAAAGUCCGGCAGCGCGUUGGCCCGCUGGCAAGAGCGAGCGCUGCGCCGGGCGUCCCGGAGCCGCAUAUGCUGGCGAGCUCUGUCAGUGUGCUGGACUGGCGCGCGGUGCUCACCCCCACCUCUGGGUGCCAGCGGAUCUGAGGAGGGCCUAGUGAGAAUUCGGUCACUUAUCUUUGAUGAGGUGGACCUGUCAGAUGCCAGCGUUGCGGAGUCCAGUACCAAGAAUGUCAACAACAGCUUCACAGUGAUCACCCCCUUCCGUAGGCUCAUUCUCUGUGCCGAGAACCGGAAAGAGAUGGAGGACUGGAUCAGCUCGCUCAAGUCCGUCCAGUCCAGAGAGCAUUACGAGACGGCUCAGUUUAAUGUGGAACAUUUCUCAGGGAUGCACAACUGGUACGCCUGCUCGCACGCACGGCCCACCUUUUGCAACGUCUGCAAAGAUAGCUUGUCUGGGGUCACGUCUCACGGCCUCUCCUGCGAAGUGUGUAAAUUCAAGGCCCAUAAACGCUGCGCAGUUAGAGCCACUAACAACUGCAAAUGGACCACGCUGGCCUCCAUUGGCAAGGACAUUAUUGAAGAUGAGGACGGGAUUGCGAUGCCUCACCAAUGGCUGGAGGGCAACCUGCCCGUCAGUGCCAAGUGUGCCGUGUGCGACAAGACAUGCGGCAGUGUGUUGAGACUGCAGGACUGGCGCUGCCUCUGGUGCAAAGCCAUGGUUCACACGGCCUGCAUGGACCUUUACCCUCGCAAGUGUCCCCUAGGUCAAUGCAAAGUCUCCAUCAUCCCUCCAACUGCCCUCAACAGUAUCGACUCAGAUGGCUUUUGGAAGGCCACCUGUCCGCCGUCCUGCGCUAGUCCCCUCUUGGUCUUUGUGAACUCCAAAAGUGGUGACAACCAAGGAGUCAAGUUCCUGCGGCGCUUUAAGCAGCUGCUCAAUCCAGCACAAGUCUUUGACCUGGUCAAUGGCGGCCCGCACCUUGGUCUUCGCCUGUUUCAGAAGUUUGACAACUUCCGAAUACUAGUAUGCGGCGGUGACGGCAGCGUUGGUUGGGUGCUGUCUGAGAUUGACAAGCUCAACCUACACAAGCAGUGCCAGCUGGGAGUUCUGCCGCUGGGCACGGGCAACGACCUGGCGCGUGUGUUGGGUUGGGGCCCGUCAUGCGACGACGACACGCAGUUACCGCAGACCCUGGAGAAGUUAGAGCGCGCCAGCACCAAAAUGCUGGACCGCUGGAGCAUCAUGACCUACGAGAUCAAGAUACCUCCCAAGCACAGCUGCCCCACCACGCCCGAGGGUGCGGACGGCUGCCAGUUUCACAUUUCAGCUUACGAAGAUUCCGUGGCAGCUCAUCUCACCAAGAUCCUCAACUCGGAGCAGCACUCUGUGGUCAUCUCCUCUGCCAAGAUCUUGUGCGAAACAGUGAAAGAUUUUGUCACCAAAGUAGGGAAAGCCUACGAAAAAAGCACAGAAAACGCAGAGGAGUGUGACUCCAUGUCUCUCAAGUGUGCCGUCCUGAACGAGAAACUGGACUCCCUCCUCCAAACGCUCAACAGUGAGUGUCAAGCCCUGCCUCCACUGCCUCACGCUACUCCUCCUAUCGUGGAGGAAGAACGGGAAGAGGAGGAAGUGGCGGAAAGCGAUGAGAAGAAACCGGAAGAGGAGACGGCCAGCGAGGACAGCCUGACGGCGCUGAAGGAGAAGCUGGAAGAGGAGGAAACGGAGAAAGGUGGAAACGGUGGCGCUUUCCCGCAGGCGCUCUUCAAAAGUCGGGAGCAGCUGAUGUUCAGGGCCAACAGUCUAAAGAAAGCCUUUCGGCAGAUCAUAGAACAGGCCGAGAGAGUGGUGGAUGAGCAGAAUGCCAACACGGACGAAUCCGAGCCAACUUCCCCGCUGGAAUUCCGUAAGGACAGUGAGGAGGAGAACCGUGACAGCGAGAAGGAUGAAGACACCAAGGAGCUGGAAGCCCUAGCACCGGUCAAGAGUGUGUGUUCUCCCACAGAGAGGAGGGUGAGUCGCAGUACACAGUCGUACAGUUCCUUCAGCAUUACACCUUUCACCACCAGCAAGGAGAACCUACCCGUGCUCAACACACGCAUUAUCUGUCCUGGGCUUAGGGCUGGCCUGGCAGCCUCAAUUGCCGGAAGUUCCAUCAUUAGCAAGAUGCUGCUGGCCAACAUCGACCCCUUCGGUGCCACCCCCUUUAUUGACCCUGACCUGGAUUCAUUAGAGGGCUACAUGGAGAAAUGUGUGAUGAACAACUACUUUGGCAUCGGACUUGACGCUAAGAUCUCCUUGGAGUUCAACAACAAGAGAGAGGAACAUCCAGAAAAAUGCAGGAGUCGCACGAAGAACAUGAUGUGGUACGGCGUCUUGGGAACCAGGGAGCUUCUGCAGAGGACCUACAAGAACCUUGAGCAGAAGGUCCAGCUGGAGUGUGACGGCCAAUACAUCCCUCUGCCCAGUCUUCAGGGCAUCGCUGUGUUGAACAUUCCCAGCUAUGCCGGCGGGACCAACUUCUGGGGCGGCACCAAGGAGGAUGACAUCUUCUGUGCUCCAUCAUUUGAUGAUAAAAUCCUGGAGGUGGUGGCUGUGUUUGGAAGCAUGCAGAUGGCUGUUUCCAGGGUCAUCAAGUUGCAACACCACCGCAUAGCACAGUGCCGAACAGUGAAGAUCACCAUCUUGGGUGACGAGGGCGUUCCCAUCCAAGUUGAUGGUGAGGCGUGGAUCCAGCCACCAGGGGUCAUCAAAAUCCAGCACAAGAACAGAGCGCAGAUGCUCACCAGAGACCGGGCCUUCGAGAAUACGCUGAAGUCGUGGGAGGACAAGCUGAAGUAUGACAAGCCGCCUCUACGGCCUCACCUCUACCCGCAGCAGUCUGUCGACCUUGCCUCGGAGGAAGAGGCCGCCAUCUUGCAGCUGUGCGCCCGGGCGGCAGAAGAGCUCAUCACGCGAAUAUGUGAGGCCGCAAAAACCAACGAGCUCUUGGAGCAGGAGUUGGCACACGCCGUGAACGCAGCAUCACACGCCAUCAACAAAACACAUCCUAAAUUCCCAGAGAGUCUGUCCAGGAACACAGCAAUAGAGGUGGCCAGCACCGUCAAGGCUUUGUACAACGAGACUGAAUCACUUCUCGUGGGUCGUGUCUCACUGCAAUUGGACCCACCAGAAGAGGAACAGCUUUCCGGUGCCCUACAGAGUGUGGAGUUGGAACUGGGAAAAUUAGAAGAGAUCUCGUGGCUCUACCACAUUCUGCAGCCCAAUGAUGAAGAGGACCACUCUCUGGGUUAUGGCAAGAGGAACAGUCGCGGUGGCGUCUUUCGCAUAGUGCCCAAAUUCAAGAAGGAGAAGGCGGCCAAAAAGACCAGCCCGCAGUCAGUGGAGAGAUGGGGCACAGACGAGGUGGGUGUGUGGCUGGAGCAGCUGAGUCUGGGAGAGUACCGGGAUACCUUCAUCCGACACGACAUCCGAGGCUCGGAGCUGCUGCACUUGGAGAGGAGGGACCUGAAGGAUCUGGGGAUAUCGAAAGUGGGUCAUAUGAAGAGAAUCCUCCAGGGAACUAAGGACCUGGCCAAGGCCUCCAUGGUCGAUCUUUAACCUGGAAGCAGAAGCUUCUCAAAAGGGGAUGUUCCCCCUCACUUCACUGGGCAAGAUGGCAAUCGCAUCCGUGAAGCACGUUGCCACGGUUGAGGAAGAGGAAGGAAGGGUGUGAAGAAUUUCACAAAAAGCCAUUUCCUUGACAAUAACCAUAUGUCUCACACACAAACACACACACAGGUAUGCAAUUGAACACAGAUUUGUUGUUCGACUUGUGAUAACAAAUUUGUAGCAAAAGCGGGACUUCCAUGAGUGGGAAUGUCAUUCUGGGUGAUAUUGUUUUAAAAAAAAAAAAAGUUUUAGGAGCCCCGGUGCUUCGUUCAACAACGGCAUGGUCCACGCUUGCUCGUUUAAGGUUUAAUUGCAUGAUUUAGUGUUUUCAAGUUUUGUCGUAACACUUGAACAAAUUAACUCUACAAGUCAGUAUUAGCGGUGCCAUUUGUGACUACUGAGUGAGGGAUUUUUUCGUUUAUUUCGCUUGCAUGACGAUGAUGUGUCAAAGUUCUGCGUUGAGUGCCAUAUCUUUUGACUAUUCUUAGCUUUAACAGUGCUUUAUAGGAGGAUAUCGUUUGGAGGUUUUAAAGCUAUUAGGGACAAAAGUCCACAUGGUUUGCCAUGGAGGAAAAUAUGGGAACCCAAAGCGAAUGUUACAGAAAAAGUCGAUGUUUUUUUUUUUUUUUUACAGGCGCUCGCCAGUAGGUUUCCUUUUUCAUUGAAGAUGGGGGAACAAUUUGCUCGUUACCGUAUUUCCUCAAAUAGACACCGUGCCCGAAUUAAUUGCCAAUUCUGCUUGAAUAAGAUGAACCCGACAGAACAGACAUGACAUCAGAAUUAAGAAUUUGUCAAUCAUGAGCAAAAAAAAAAAACAUUACCAGAUCGUAGACUCUGUGUUUGUAAUUUCUCAAGCCGUAUCUGAAGGUCUGCGCCGAUGUGGGAAUGGUCACAGCUGUCCUCUAUCACGGCCAAUCAAAUCAGCUCCUCUCAUUUUCAUUAAAUGGGACGCGCUAGUCACGCUGUCGUAACUGCCUUAAAAUGACAAAGCGCACAUCUGUACCAUGGCAUGUCUGCGCCCCAAGGAAGAGCCUGCACUUUGACGUUGUCUGAGCAAACCCUAAGUUUUGAUCAACUUUCUGUCACCAAAUUGUCUCUACGCCAGGCAUACCACAAACAUCGAGUUCUAAUUGGUGCAGGAAUACAAUUUCAUCUUAAAGCCAAACAAAAAAAGUUGUAAAAAACAUGGAUUUUGUAAUGUACUGUGCAUAUAGAUUUUUUUUUACAUUACGUUUAUUAUUUAAUAUUUCUAAAAUCACCCCUAGAUGUGUGGUACUCUCUCCAAUUAAGUAAAACGAUUGCCCCCGGUCUCUAUAUGAGGAAAUGCAGUAUUUAUUUUUUUAUUCUAAUGCAAGUGCAAAUUCUAUGAUUAACAGCUCACCUCAACUUUUUGCAAAUUAGCACAUUGUGAAACACUAAUGCAAAUACUUUUUUUUUUUAUUACAAAGACAGUUUAUAAGUUAUCCUGCAGAACACCUUGGGUAGGCAUUCUCCUUUUUUAUUUUUAAACCAAUGUUAGUUUCUUUAGAACAGGUGGCAUUACAGGGUCUAUUAUUUCUUUCUGUAGGUAAGAUUGUAAAUACAGUUUAUCUCUAGCUCUACAGUAAAGUAUACCGGUGUAUGCAAGCCGUGUUUCUUAAGUGUUGCCCUCCAGUAAGUGACUGACAUGGCAUGCGCGUGUCAACACGGUGAAUUGUGUGCAUAUGACACCGUGACACUUGUCUCGUGCAUGAUGGUGACAAUGCUGUCGUGAUGGAACGGUGGUGCAAUAUUUUGACACGUUUUCAGUGGCGCACAAACAGCUUCCUCCCCACACACAUAUUUCUUCCAGUGGUGCUUCCAUGACGAGUUUGGAUUUCGUUAGUCAAUAAGAGCGGACAGUCUCAACACUUUAGAUCUUAUGUCAUUUAUGUCUUUAAGAUAUUGCUACAGUUGCCAAACGUGUUACUAUGCUUUAUUCAUCCUAUUAUUCUGAUUUUCAGUUUCCGAAUUAUCCUCCAAAAUGGGGCCAAAUUGAUUACAAUUUGUUUGUUUGUUUUGUUUGUUUGCUUUCUUUCCUCAUUCACUUAAUUCACAUUUUAUCAAACAUAGUGAGCCCCCCGUUUAUCGCGGUGCGUAUAUUGUUUGUUCCAGAUCUACCUGCAAAAAGGUGAAAGUCAUUGAUACAGAGAGACCAUAAAAAGGGUCGCCAUGUAUUCUAAUUGUGUUCAAAUUGCUUUCUGGUUAAAACAGUACAAACACCAUAUAUGGUGUUUUAUUUUAUUUUGACAGGAUAUUUCCUUCUGUUGUUAAUUUACCAGUGCUGUGAUGAACACUGACUCACAGAAUAAGAUUUUAUUCAGCAUAGGCCAAAGAUAAAAACUUAACUACAAAAUUAUAUGUGACUUUUUUUUUAGUUUCCAUGUUGCAUUGCUGUGGUUUAGUUGCCUUUAAUUCUCAACAUAUGUAUGCAUUUAAAGUGUCUGCCGACUUUUGGUCUCAAUGCGAAGGCGGGCAAACGCCCACCAUGUGGAAGCUGCCAUCUUUCUAUAUUGUCUGUAAAUAAUGCUGCAAACUGCCUGGUUUUGUCCAAACCAAUCAUGCAAAAGGACCUGUCAUAAGGCUAGAAAAAUAGUGAUGGGAGUUUCAUUUGUUUACAUUAUGUUUACGGUUUUAAUUUGUAAGUAUAAAUCAUCCAAAAAAUAUUUAUUGCCUAAGGUAUAUGCGUGCAUUGUGUUAUCUCACAUUUUGAAUAUAAUGUUGUCUGUCACCUGUAUUGCUAUAUUGAAUGAUUUGGGUAAAAAGUAGUUUAUUAAUAAUAUUAAUGAUAAUAAUAAUACUUUUUAUGACUACUAAGUGACUGUUUUUUGUGCCUUUUUAUGGUUAGAAAAUGCAUGAUUAGUUAUAUUUAUUAUAUACGGAUUUGAAGUCACUGAGAUGUGUAUUUUUGUACUCUGGAUAUAAAUACAUGGUUCAGCUAUUUGUUGUACAAUUUGCAAGGGUGCCUUACAAGAGGCCACCUAUACAGUACAUAUCUCUCUUCCAUUAAAAAAGACCAAAUCAAUA